ACAAAUAAAAAGACAAUUCAGCAUAGAGAUCUUUACAAUGAUAAUACUCAUCCAAUUGACAGCAAGAAUACUAAUCAAAUAACUUCAGCUCCUUUGCCGCAAUAAUUGUAUUUAUACAUUUUUAGCUCUUAAAAUAUUGGAGCGAUUCUAUAUACAAAUGAAAAUCUGCAAUAGCAACCUUUAAACAAGGUUUAGUGUUAUUUAACCUGCAUUUAUGAACAUGAAAUUUACCGAACAAAAUUAAAAAAUUCAAUAAAAAUUCCAGAUAAAUUCUUUGAAACAAAUUAAAAAUAUAACGUCUUUGGGGGUCAAAUUGCAACUAAAACCUGAUUUUUUUGUUUUUGGCAUACAAUGAUAGAUCUUCCCAAAUUUUUUUAAAUAUUCACAAUCAUAAAAAAGAUGAAUCACCGUGUCUGAGUGAUGUAAAGAGAAUGAACAGUUUCCAUCCGUCUGAGUAAAUUUAGUUAAUGUUUGAUUACUAAUAUAAAUGUUAUGUAAAAUUUUUAAAUGUUCUCUGUAUUUGUUACCUACGCAAAAACGAAAAGGAAGCAACCAAGCUUUUUUCCACACAAUAUCAUCGAAAUAUACAUUCCAAAAACAUUUUCCUCUAGGUUUUAAGGCUCUAUUUUUGAAAAAUAUUAAUCUAAUAACUUUGUUUGUACAUUUUUAACUACAAAAGUGUACCCCAUGUAAGUAAAGCGGAGGAUAUUUCUAUAAAUAUUGAUACUAGCCUAUAUGAAGACAUGUGACUUCUCAUUAGCAUUAGUAAACCGAUGGCUUUUGUUACAUAGUUAUAUUCUUUAAAUGUAAUAGGGAAUGACCAUCUUUCCAUACAAUUUUUGUAAGAAAAUAAAUUAGCUGAUUGGUCCAAAAUAUCAGACAAGAAAAAAAUACCUUUAUCUGUCCAAUUUUGCAGGUAGAGAGAUUUGCGAUUAACAGUUAUAUAAGAAUUAUUCCACAAAAUUGCUUUAUGGAACGAGAAAUUGUGCACAUAACACAACUUCCAUGCUUUAAGAGCUUGUUGAGGGCGACAGAAUACUCUGGUAAAAGUCUAGAAGAGUUGUGCGUCACCCAGCGCUGUCUACCCUCUUCUCCAACUGUGUGUGUGUGUGUGUGUGUGUGUGUGUGUGUGUUUCUCUGUGUGAGCGACAGAUGGCAGUAACACUCUUCAGAUCUCCAACUCAUCUGCGUCAGCCCGCCGACAUGAACUCCCUCAACAUUUAACUUGACAUCUAUAUUCAUUUAAAUGACUUCCAAUGAGCGAAAUCAUCCGCGAGACUGAUUCCCUGCUCAUAACCCGCGCUCGCGGUCACUGAGGGACAAACGCUGAGGGAGAAGCGCACGAGUUGGCGGACAUUUAUUUGAGAUGUGAUAAGCGCAGUGAGGAGCUCAGCUUUCCGAGUGUGUUUACCGCUGACUGCUGCUGAUUUAGUACCGUCACACACACACACACACACACACACACACACACACACACGGUGAAGAAGAGAGUGACGCACCAACAAAAACAAACGCGCGGGGCAUCACGGGAAAUGCAGUUCUACACCACAGCGACGUACAUUCGAUUCGUUUCGGUUUGUGGACACAAAAUCUAGAAUGGACAAUAAUGGAUUUGAUUUGAGAACAAAAACGUGAAGGUAAAUCAUAAUAAAAUACACACGCGAUGCGAUUAGUCUCCGAAUGCUCCUGCGUCGGGGGCGUUGACUGGUUCUCGUCUCGCGAGACUUGCGUGAAGCGCCGCGCUUCCUUGCUGUAUUUCACUCAUCAACACACAGAACGCAGCAGCGCUUCAGGAACGACUGCCUUUAGUCGGAAACAUCCGUUUAACACUAAUAUACUCGAUAUAUCACCGUCACCGAAUGAUCGCCGAGUUCCACACGGGAUAUUCAACAUCAUCGUCAUCAUCCUUUCUGGAGCAGCUUCGUCCUCAAGUCUCGCGAUGAUCUUCCCUCUUCCUUGCGCCGUGACCGAACUCUCGCGCCUUUCUCUCUCGCGAGAUUUACGCCGUUCUCUCUCAGACUCCAUGAUCUGCUGUCGAGCGGCGCGGCACGGCGCGAUCCUCCCCGCGCGCAUGGACUAACGGCGAGGAUGGAGAGCGCGAAAGCGAAGAAGAGCGUGUGCGUGCGAGCCGAGGAUGAGGAGGAGGAUGAAGAGCAGAGCGCGUCGAGCAGCCCGAUCUCCGCAGAGCCCCUGAGAGCCUGCUCCAGCCUGAGGAAGAGGAGGGUGAAGAGGCAUCCGUCCAGCCUGGUGUCCGGGCCCCUGUCCCUGCGGCCCCGUCCCCGCCCCGGGCCCCUGCUGCAGCCGAGUGACCGUCAGUGGGUGCGUGUGGACCUGCGGCGCGGCUCGGUGCAUGUGCACCCCCGUCUGCAGGUGUGGGCUCCGCCGCCGCCACCGCGGCCCGUCCUGUGCACCGUGGACUGCACCGCACUGGAGAUCGCCCAGCGGCUCCAGCAGAGCAGCGGUUCUGUCCUGCGGCUCCGGGGCCCGCCGUGCGCCGACCUCCCUGACUCCUGUGACCCGCUCAGACUGCCACACAACGGGGCCGAGGGCCUGCAGGACCGGCUGCUGCUGCUGGAGAGGGACCCGCGGUACCCGCAGCCGGAGUUUGAGCUCUUCACACACUCGGCGUCUCCGCAGGACGAGGACUCCAAGCGCUUCUCGGAUGUGGACAGCAGCAGUGUGUGUGAGGAUCUGGGGCCCGGGGCCCACUUCGGCCAGCACCGCGACUCCCUGAGCGAUGAUAUGAUCCUGGGGACGGAGGCGUGUGCGCUGAGUCCUGUGGAGGGCCUGGAUCCGUACGGCAGCUCCUCUGAUGAGCUGGAGCUGGACCCGGGGCCCACAGCGGCCCCCAGCGCUUCUCACACUGCAGACUCGGGCCCCGCUGACCCCAGUGCUCCCGAGGAUGCAGAGUCGGGCCCGGCGCUGUAUGUCCAGCUGCACGGCGAGGCCGCACGCCGCCUGGGCCCCGAGGAGCGGCCCCUGCAGAUCCAGAAUGACUUCCUCUGUAAGCUGGGCUUUAAGGACCCGUGGCGCGUGCAGGAGGAGGGCAUGAACACCGAGCUGGGCUCACUGCUGCGCUUCUACGCAGGAAAACCUCACAGUAUCGAGAGCUCGGAGCGAAUCCAGCUAUCUGGGACGUAUAACGUGCGGAAGGGAAAGCUGCAGCUCCCGGUGAACCGCUGGAGCCGCCGGCAGGUCAUUUUAUGCGGCACGUGUCUGAUGGUGUCCUCGGUGAAGGCCAGCCAUACGGGGAAGAUGCACAUCCUGCCCCUGAUUGGAGGAAAGGUGGAGGAGGUGAAGAAACACAGCCACUGUCUGGCCUUCAGCUCGGCGGGUCCUCAGAGUCAGACCUACUAUAUCAGCUUCGACAGCUUCACUGAACACCUGCGCUGGCACCGGCAGGCUGCGAAGAUGGUGUCUCAGAGGAUCAGCUCAGUGGAUCUGUCCUGCUGUAGUCUGGAGAAGCUUCCUCCAAACCUGCUGUUCAGUCAGGAUCUGACGCACCUCAACCUCAAACACAACUUCCUUCCUGCCGACCAGACGCUGCUGCAGCUCCAGAGGUUCAGUCGUCUGCGCAGUCUGAAUCUCUCCAAUAAUCAGCUGUGCAGUUUCCCGCAGGCGCUCUGCUCCAUCAGCAGCCUGAGCGAAGUCAACCUGAGCUGCAACCGCCUGCGCUCCAUCAGCCCCGAUAUCGCCCGCAUCAGCAGCCUGCAGACGCUGGUGCUGGACGGUAAUCUGCUGUGUUCGCUGCCGCUGGAGCUGGGCUCUCUGCACCGGCUGGUGUUUCUGGGUCUGUCCUUUAAUGAGUUCCAGCAGGUUCCGCCGGUGCUGGAGCGGCUGCCCGCGGUCGAGAGGCUCUGCAUGGCGGGAAACAAACUGACAGAGCUCAACCUGCAGAGCUUCAGACUGCUCACCGUCAGACACGUGGACCUACGUCUGAAUCAGAUCUCCAGUGUGCUGCGGGACGAGCCGGAGUUCUUGCGCGGGGUCACUCAGCUGGACCUGCGGGAUAACUGUCUGCAGGAGCUGGACGCCUCCGUGUUCCCCCGGCUGGAGGUGCUGCACUGCCAGAGGAACCGCAUCUCUCAGCUGCGCGUGUGCGGCGCUGCGCUCAAAGCUCUGCACGCAUCCAACAACGAGUUGCAGGAGAUUCUGGUCAGUCCUGCUGCCUCAAACCUGACGUACAUCGACAUCUCCAGGAACUGUAUGAAGGCUCUUCCAGACUGGUUGAGUGACAGCAGGAAGCUGGAGGUUCUGGACAUCAGUCACAAUCAGAUGACGGAACUUCCUCCAUGGUUAUUGUGCAGCUCGAGUUUGAGGAAGAUUCUGGCGGGUCACAAUCAGCUGAAGCGUCUGUCGGAGCGGGUGGAGCGCCCCCUGGUGGAGGUGCUGGAUCUACAACACAACCAGCUGGAGGAGCUGCCCUGCAACCUGUUCCUCAAGACUGAUAGUCUGCGUUGUCUGAACGUGUCGGCCAAUAAGCUCGAGAGUCUGCCAGCCUCCAGCCUAUCAGAGGAGAGCAGCAGCAUCUUACAGGAGCUCUACCUGACCAACAACCUGCUGACGGACAAGUGUGUGCCGCAGCUGACCGGACACACACACCUGCGCAUCCUGCACAUGGCCUACAACCAGCUGCAGACCUUCCCCGCCAGUCACUUUGUAGGCAAACAUCAGAGUUUUGAAUUUGAUUUAUCUGGUUGAAUGCUCAUGUUUUGUGUGUGUGUGUGUGUGUGUGUGUGUGUGUGUGUGUGUGUGUGUGUGUGUGUGUGUGUGUGUGUGUGUGUGUGUGUGUGUGUGUGUGUGCAGUGCGUGGAUCUGAGCUGUAAUGAGCUGAGUGACAUCACGUUACCGGAGACUCUUCCUCCUAAACUACAAGAGCUGGACCUGACAGGGAACCUGCGCUUAAACCUGGACCACAAGACCCUCGAGCAGCUCAAUAACAUCCGCUGUUUCCGGAUAGACCCGCCCCCAUCGUCGUUUUCAGCCAAUGAGGCGUCAGGAGGGCCGGCGGUCUGGAGUCAUGGUUACACUGAAGCAUCCGGCGUUAAAAACAAGCUGUGUGUAGCAGCGCUCUCCGUCAACAGUUUCUGCGGCAGUAGGGAAGCUCUAUACGGAGUGUUCGACGGCGACAGGAACGUGGAGGUGCCGUAUCUGCUGCAGUGCACCAUGAACGACAUCCUGGCGGAGGAGCUGCACAGGACCAAGAGUGAGGAAGACUACAUGACCAACACCUUCCUCGUCAUGCAGAGGAAGCUGGGCACAGCGGGGCAAAAGCUGGGCGGUUCGGCGGUGCUCUGCCAUAUCCGGCAUGACCCCACUGACCCCGGUGGCUGCUUCACCCUAACUGCCGCCAACGUGGGCAAGUGCCAGGCGGUGCUGUGCCGCGACGGUAAAGCCCUGCCACUGUCUCUGCUGCACAACAUCAGCAUCCCGGAGGAGUACAGCCGCAUACGCCAGCAUAAAGCCAUCAUCACUGAGGACAACAAAGUGAACGGCGUCACGGACUCCACACGCAUCAUGGGCUACUCGUUCCUGUACCCGGCGGUGCUGCCGCGGCCGUACGUCACCACGCUCCCGCUGACCCCCAGAGACGAGUUCUUCAUUCUGGGCAGCAGGGGGCUGUUCGAGGCUCUGGAGCCCAGCGAGGCAGUGGAGGCUGUGAGGAAGGUGCCUGACGCCCUAGCGGCCGCUAAGAAGCUAUGCACGCUAGCUCAGUCAUACGGCUGCACGGAUAGCCUGAGCGCGGUGGUGGUGCAGCUGAGCGUAGCUGAAGACUGCUGCUGCUGCUGCUGCUCCACACACACCGCCUCCGCCAGCAUCCACCCGCAGCCUCCGCCAAGCCCCGGCCCCAGCCUAUAUCCGGCAACAUCCUCCGGCGCGCCUCCGUCCUCCUGCAGCGAGAUCAGCUCUGAGGUCAGCGCAUCUGAGAUGAGUUCUGAAGUGGGAUCUACAGCAUCUUCAGACGAGCCGCCGCUUCUCCUGCAGGACGCACACCUCCACCUGCACCCCCACCCGCCACGGGUACAGUGCUGCUCAUUACACCUAGCGCCUAACACCAGCGGCUCAUUCCAGAGGCAGCUCUCCAGCGCCACGUUUUCCAGCGCACUGUCUGAUAAUGGGUUGGACAGCGAGGAUGAGGAGCCGAUCGCUGGUGUGUUCUCCAAUGGGAGUAGGGUGGAGGUGGAGGCAGAUGUCCACUGCCUAGGGCUCCUGCCUCCACCUUCCACCCCUGAGUUGCCGGAGCUGGACGCAGAUAAGAGUCCGGACGCAUGGAGCAAGACUUUAGGCAAGCGUCGGGGGAACGGCUCAGUGGCGCCGCAAGAGCGCAGCCAUAAUCUGAUCGAGGUGGCGGCGGACGCUCCGUCCAAGAAAAGCGGGGGUUAUUUUACAGCUCCAGCGCAGCCGGACCCUGACGACCAGUUCAUCAUCCCUCCAGAGCUAGAGGAGGAGGUGAAGGAGAUCAUGAAGCAGCACCAGCAGGACCAGCAGCGGCCCACCAAGAGCGAGCAGCCCGCAGACUACUACGACACGCCGCUCUGAGGUCUGCCAUCACACACUCAGUCAAAUCCAGAGAGGAUUCCGCAUCGAUUGGGAGAUUGUAAGGAUAUUUUGCGACUCUCUCUGGAAUGGAUUCUGAGUGUGGUGUGUACUAACAGAUGGCGCUGUGUGCUUUACAAAUAGCCAUACUUCACUUGGGACCAAUUCCUUACACAGAGGACUUGAACCUAAAACAAUCAUUAAUAAAGAUAGAGCGCCAUCUGCUGAUCAGUGCUAGCCUAGAGCAUCAUCUGCUGUUAAAACCUAGGCUAGAGCGCCACCCGUUGUCCAAAGCUAACGUAGAAAGCUGUUUGCUUUAAAAACUACCCUAGAGCUCCAUCUGCUUUUAUUAUCAAGCCUAGAGCAUCAUCUUCUGUUAAAACACUAGCCUAGAGCACUGUCUGCGGUUAAACUAACCUAGAGCACCACCUACUGUUAAACACUAGCCUAAAGUGUCGUCUGCUGUUAAACACUGUUGUAGAGCAUUAUUUGCUGAUAAAAUCUAACCUAGAGCGACAUCUGUUGGUCAAAACUAGCCUAGAGCGACAUCUGUUGGUCAAAACUAGCCUAGAGCGACAUCUGUUGGUCAAAACUAGCCUAGAGCCACAUCUGUUGGUCAAAACUAGCCUAGAGCAACAUUUGUUGGUCAAAACUAGCCUAGAGCGACAUGUGAUGUUCAAAGCUAUCUUAGAGCCCAUUUGUUCAAAACUAGCCUAGAGCAACAUAUGUUGGUCAAAUCGAACCUAGAGCAAUAUCUGUUGGUCAAAACUAGCCUAGAGCGACAUCUGUUGGUCAAAACUAGCCUAGAGCGACAUCUGUUGAUCAAAACUAGCCUAGAGCGACAUCUGUUGAUCAAAACUAGCCUAGAGCGACAUCUGUUGAUCAAAACUAGCCUAGAGCGUCAUCUGCUGUUAAACUAGCCUAGAGCACCCUCUGCUGGUCAAAACUAGCCUAGAGCAACAUCUGCUGUUUAAAUAUAGCCUAGAGCGUCAUCUGUUGUUCAAAGCUAUCCUAAAGCGCCAUCUGCUGUUAUACCCUAGUUUAGAGCGCCCUCUGGUGUUAAACACUACCAUAGAGCGCCAUCUACUGUUAAAAGCCAAGCUCAGAAUCCGCUCUGUAGAGAACGGCGCUGUGUUCUGCAGAUCUCCUCAUGGAUGCGGUACAGCUCCUGCAGUGAGUGAGUGUCUGUCAGUAUUGAGCGAGCGCCUCUGUUAGCGCUGCUCUGGGCCAAACGGGUGUGUGUGACGCCUCGUCCUUCCAGAUUUCCCUUUAAGAGAACACAGGAGUGUCUCCAGCGGUUCACUAGUCUGAAGAGCAGCACACUACUGAUGACGGACUGUCUAACACUCUGACUGUCCUCAGAGCCGUCUAGAGUUCAACACUAGCGCUGCCGGACACUCGCUCGGGUUCAGUCUGCACGUGUCCUCUGAUGCGAGAGCAGACUGUGAGUUUGCUGAUGAGCAGCUGUGAGUCGUGUUGUGCGGUACACCUGAGUAACACCACGCUUACCUGUUGUAGAUAGAGCACUUACAGUAGUACUGUUCCUCUGCAGUACAGCGCGGCCUCGGCCACUAUUAAACUAGAAAUUUAGUGUAAAUGUGAAAGACUAACUCCUAGGAGUUGCUCCUCUUAUGGUGACCUUAUCGUCACUUUACUAAUCUUCUCUGAGAGAAAUGGUGAUUCUUCUUCUUCUUCUCUUUCCCACGAGUGUAAAUAAGAGCCAUGUUGAAUACUGAUGCUUUCUACAGGAACCCAGUGUCUAGAACCACACAUCAGCACCCUUUACACACACACACACACACCGAUAGAUCACACACAUAUACAUACACACACACACACAUUCACACAUACACAUUCAAACACACACACACACACAUACACAUUCACACACACAAGCUCAUUCAAACGCUCUCGCACAUAAAAACACUCACCCACUCACACACACACACACACA